UUUUUUUUUCAAUCAAUCUAAAUGUGACUACUAUUUCUGUGUGAGUGGGAAACACCACCUGACCCUUCUGUCUCCCCCGUUCCCGGGUCCAUAUUCUGAGGUCUCUCUAGUCAUGCUGAUAAAUGGCUGUGGAAGGUGCAGUUGGGGUCUGCUGCCCGUUCAUGUCAGCAUCCAUCCGUCAUGUGGGGUGUGUGAGAGAGGGCUCCAGUGCACAUAUCUGUUUCCUUCCUGGGAUUGUAGCUUCUGUGCCCCACACUCCAAACAGCCCAGUCAGCCUGCCGGACUCUGCUGAGAACCUAGGCUUUAUGUGUAUCCUGGCUGUUAAAAGCAAUCAAUGGACAGCCAUAGAUGUCAGCCUGGACAGGAGCUGAGGGGAAGAUGGACCGCUGGGCUCAGAGUUGGUCUUGUAACAUGGCCUCCUACCACCCAAGACACACAAACACAAAUUCACACACUCAACCAGUCAUUAGUUGGGACUGGUGGGUACUCUGCCCCAGAAUGUCUGGCAAAUGGGGAUCCCUGAAGAGUGAGGCCUUUGCCUCCUGCUACAGUCCCGACCUACUGGCCUGCCGUCCCACUAAGCAUCUGGGCAGGCUGCUUUUUGUAGGCAGCUGCAUUCCCUACAGAGGCCCAUCAGGCAGGAAGAGCUGCCAUCGCAUCUGUGCAGCAGCAGAUUCUGUUCUGAAUGAUACUUGGAGGGGUUGCCAUGGUUACACAUCCCAUUGGUCUGUCACCUUCGCUGUCCUCGGGAGCACAUCCCCUCCCUUAUCCAAGCUGCAAUCAGUCCUACCUUCAGGUGGCUAUCUGUGGGUCUUCCUGGCUAUCCCCUGUGCCUUGACUGGUGUUUCUGCACUGGAGGCCCUGCUGUCUCAAAUCCGAUCCAGUGGUGUUUGGUUGGAGCCCCCAGCCUUGGCCAUGAGUACGGAGGGGCAAGUGUUAGUCUUGGUCUGAGCAAGUAUGGGGUUGCUUUGUAGGACCUGGGGCUUCCCUGCUGGAACAGUGCAAAUAAGGACGAGUGUGUCUACUGAAAGCAGCUCCAGGUCAGGAGAAAGUCGGUGCGGUGGGGAGCAAAUGGACCUUGGCAUUCUGGGAUGGGUCACAGACAUUUUUAGUCAGAGAAAGCUUCCUAGAGAAGGUAAACAAAACAAAAAACAAACAAAAAAACCAGAAAGGCUGCCUAAGAGGGAUAUUGGGUGCUGCAGGUUCCCAGCUAUGGCCUCCUGGGAAAAGCUUCUGCAGCUCAUAGUGCAAGAGCUGUAGGCUGGCGGUGGUUCUGGGUCGCGCCGUUCGGUGGGGGACGGGUUCUACCCAGGCAGUGCGUCGAGUUGGGGCCGCGCGUGCGCGUGCAGGGUAUGCGCGUGCUCUGGCUGUGUGCGCGCUGGGCUGGCAUCUCGGUGACGCUGUCUGAGCUCCAGGAGCGCAGAGCAGAGCAGGCGGAGCGGGCCGGCCGGGGCGGAGCGGAGCGGUCCGCAGAGCAGCCCCUCCCGGCCUCGGCCGACCCCGGCCCUCGGCCCGGCUCUAUGGACAGGAGCUCGCUGCUGCAGCUCAUUCAGGAGCAGCAGCUGGAUCCUGAGAACACAGGCUUCAUCGGUGCGGACACCUUCGCUGGUCUGGUACACAGCCAUGAGUUGCCCCUGGACCCCACCAAGUUGGACAUGUUGGUGGCUCUGGCUCAGAGCAACGAGAGGGGCCAGGUCUGCUACCAGGAGCUGGUGGACCUGGUCAGUGCCAUGAUCAGCAGCAAGCGCUCCAGCAGCUUCAAGAGAGCCAUUGCUAACGGACAGCGGGCACUGCCCCGGGACGGACUGCUAGAUGAGCCAGGCCUGGGCGUCUACAAACGGUUUGUGCGAUAUGUGGCCUACGAGAUCCUGCCCUGUGAGGUGGACCGCCGCUGGUACUUCUACAGGCACCGCACCUGCCCACCCCCUGUGUUCAUGGCCUCGGUCACCCUUGCCCAGAUCAUCGUGUUCCUGUGCUACGGGGCACGGCUCAACAAGUGGGUGCUCCAGACCUACCACCCCGAAUACAUGAAGAGCCCUCUGGUCUAUCACCCAGGACACCGUGCUCGGGCCUGGCGCUUCCUCACCUACAUGUUCAUGCAUGUCGGGCUGGAGCAGCUAGGGUUCAAUGCCCUGUUGCAGCUGAUGAUCGGGGUGCCCCUGGAGAUGGUACAUGGCGUGCUUCGCAUCAGCCUGCUCUACCUGGCAGGUGUGCUGGCAGGCUCCCUGACUGUCUCUAUCACAGAUAUGCGUGCCCCCGUGGUAGGGGGCUCUGGAGGGGUCUAUGCCCUGUGCUCGGCACACCUGGCCAAUGUUGUCAUGAACUGGGCUGGGAUGCGGUGUCCAUACAAGCUGCUGCGGAUGGUGCUGGCUCUGGUGUGCAUGAGCUCCGAAGUGGGCCGGGCUGUGUGGCUACGCUUCUCCCCACCACUGCCUGCCUCAGGCCCACAGCCUAGCUUCAUGGCACACCUGGCUGGUGCAGUGGUAGGUGUAAGCAUGGGCCUUACCAUCCUUCGAAGCUAUGAGGAGCGCCUGAGGGACCAGUGCGGCUGGUGGGUGGUGCUACUUGCCUAUGGCACCUUCCUGCUUUUCGCCAUCUUCUGGAACGUCUUUGCCUAUGACCUGCUGGGUGCCGAUAUCCCCCCUCCACCUUGACCUGCUCCUUAGGGCCAUAUGGCUAGAGCUAGGCCUUCAGUGGGUCAGCCAUCAGGUGGGCCUGCAUGUCUGCCCUCUAGGAAUGGACCUCUUGGCUGCUUUUCCCCACGGGGGGACAGGGGGGGCCCUGUGAUCCCCCCAGCUGAAGCCAAGUCUUACUGCAGCCCUUGCUGCCCCUCCCAGGCCUUUCCAGGGGGAGGGGUGCUGCUAGGCCAGGGCUGGGUGGAGGACCUUGAAUGUGGCCCUAGAGGAGCUCCCUUCCCUCCCCACCGACCCCUCCCAGGACUUGCAGUCUGAGCCUUUUUGGAGAAUGAAUAAAUAUUUUACACAGCACCAGGUA